AUGGAGUGCCACGCCGAGACUACCGAGCCGGCGUUCCAGCCGGCGACGGCCGCCGCCGCCGGCCAGGCCGAGGCGCCCGUAGUCGAGCCUGAUUUUGGGCCCGAGCACGGUGACGCCCAGUUGGCCUGUGCCGACGGCGUCCGGCUGGAGAAGAGUGCGGAGGGGGCCGAGGUGGAGCAGAGCGCGCCGGGCGCCGCACUGACGGAGAGUCCCGAAAGCAUCGAACUGGAAGAGAGUGUGGAGGGUGCCGAAGUGGAAGAGAGUGCCGAGAGCUUCGAAAUGGUCGAGGACGACGGCGGUCCGCCGGAGGUCUCCGUCGGUGGCGGAGCGGACGCUUUGGCGGAGCUGGGUCCGAGCGAGACACCGUGCUCUGACUCCACCGAGCCGGCGGCCGCCCUGAAGGACGUGCUGGCGGACGCGCGCGAGAACUGCGCGGCGGACUGCCGGCCGGAGGAGUCGCCGGCGCCGGCGGAAGGCGCCCUGUGCUCGCCGCUGGAGAAGUCGUCCUCGCUGCCGCUGAUCGACGGUCCGCCAGAGCCGGAGAUCGUGCGGCGCCGGCGCGUCUCGUUCCCGGAGAGCGACGUCUCGCUGGUCACGGGCUACAUCGAGCCUCGCAACCCGCUCGGCGCCAUGUACAACGCCAGCCCGGAGGUGAUCUCGGCGGCGUACCGGCAGUCGUGCCACAAACACGGCUCGCAGCCGCUGCCGGCCGUGCUGCGUCAGAUCGCCGCGCUGCCUGUCAUCGGAGACCGGGUCGAAAGCUUCUCGCUGCGCGGCCUGCGCCUGGAGCGUGCGCAGUGCGAGAGCCUCGAGGAGGUGCUCAAGAAGGUGCAGUUCAACCUAGUGGACGUCAGCGGCUGCGGCCUGGACGACGACUCGGCCGCCGCCAUAUUCGAGAUGGUCGAGUUCUACGACUCGGCGCUGGCUGUCAGCUUCGGCGGCAACCGACUGGGCGUGCGCGGCUGGCAGGCGUGCUGUCGCAUGAUCAAGGCGAGCGCCUCGCUGGAGCGCCUGUCGGCCGAGGGCGUCGAGCUGUACGACCAGUCGGCGGCGGCGCUCGGCCGCAGUCUUCGGCUGUCGCCCAGCUUGCGCGUGCUGCACCUGGAGGGCUGCCGGCUGCACGGCCGGCCCAUGGCGCUGCUCAUCGCCGGCCUCAAGCAGAGCCCGGCGCUCAAGGAGCUGUACCUGGGCGAGAACGAGCUGGGCACCGGCGAUGGCUCCAUGCUGGGCAACAUGCUCAAACUCAACUUGCGCCUGGACCUGGUCGACCUGCGCAUCAACCACUUUGACAACGACAGCGUCAGCUUCCUGCUGGAGGCGCUGGCGCAGCAGCCGGCGUCGGCCAAGGGUGAGGGCCUGGCCUCGUUGAACCUCUGGUGCAACCGGUUCACGGUCAAGUCUGCCGGCUGCCUGGCGGCGCUGCUCGGACGCCACACAGCGCUGGAGACGCUCAACCUGGGCCGCAACGUGCUCGGCGACGAGACGCUGCGCGUGGUGAAGGAGGCGCUCAUGGGUAACGCCAGCCUGCGGCGCCUCGGCCUGCAGGAGUGCCGGCUGGGCUGCGAGGGCGCCGUGGCGCUGGCCGAGAUCCUGGCCGGCAACGCAGCGCUGCAGCGCGUCGACCUGCGCGGAAACGGCGUGCGCGUCGGCGGCCUGCUGGCGCUGACGCGCGCGCUCGAGCACAACACGCGCCUGCUGCAGCUCGACCUGGACCCGGCCGGCGACGAGCCUGAGCGGCUCAUGCUGCACGCGCGCAUCCGCGACUUGUGCGAGGCUAAUCGACAGCGCAGCCAGCCGGAGGAGGAGGCGCCGCGCAGCGACACCAUCCUGCGCCGACUGUCGGCCGCCUUCCGACGCGUCUCGCUCACCUGCGACGCUCCAGCGGCGGCGGCGGCGCCGGCGCGGCCCAGGUCGACGCAGUGA